AUGUGCCUGCUUCUCUUUGCACCAGAGGGGAUCCAGCUGUGCAUGCUCCUCUGUCCUUCAUGCCCCGGAGCUGUGGAGUUCGCACACAAGUCUCUGGCUCUCCGUCAUGCAGCACUGCUUCACUCAGGAGGAGGCAUGGCUGCAUGCAGCAGCGCUCUGCUAAGUGUUUUCCCGCUCGUCCUGUCCGUGCUACUGUUCCUCCAGCUUCUGGUCAGUUUGAUAGUGCCGCGUGAUUCGUCCGCACCCGACUUCACCGUCAUCAGUAUACGCAGUCACGAAUCCGGGUCAUUAGACAGGCGCUCGGACAGCGCGGCGGAACUUUGGCCAGAUGGAGAGACACCGGCACGACUGCGCGCUUACACCGACGAGAACGAGCUGAACUCUCGCCAGGCCACAGACAGAAAACUUGUGCUUCAGCCUUGGGCAACAGGACAGCCAUCUUUUACUGCUGAAGUGCAGCGUCUUAUCCAAUUCAUUACCACACCAGAGGUGAAUUGUUCCAGAUGGCAGGGUUCUGGUGAGUCUGGGUCUGCAUAUGUUGGGGAAGGUUCUGAAGCUCUGUGCUUAAAUUACUGGGCUGCUGGACGUCCUUGUGUUGCUUACUCAUUCAGUCUGGAUGGAAAGGAUGCAGGGAUUCUGGAAUCCACAUUAAGCAUGAGAUGUGAGGUGCAUCGGUUUGACCCUAGUACUCGGCACAAACAAGGUGCGGGCUCUGGAUAUGGAUCUGUCCAGCACCAUCAAGUUUGGCUGGAUUGGAAACGCCCCCGCACUCGACCUCACAGGGGAGUUUUAGGAACUAUACCUCGCAGCCUUGUGGACAUCAUGGACUCACUGGGCCACAGCAUGGUACAUGUUCUGCGAGCAGAUCUGGAGAGUGCGGAAUGGCGUGUGUUGGAGAGUUGGGUGCAUGAUGGCGCUCUCAGACGGAUCAGUCAACUCAUCCUGACUGUACAUCUACAAUGGGCUGGGUUUGAAGUGGGUGGGACCGAUGCAGAAGUAGUGCGAUUCUGGUACAGUGUACUCAGUGCUCUGCACAGCUCAGGCUUCCGUCUGACCCACUCAUCUCCCGGGCCAGGACACACCGUACUGAGACAAGAACUUCCCAAUACACACAGCUCGUACAAACUUACCUGGCUUAGGAUAAAUGAACAAUUCAAAUGAUAUGCAGCAGUUCUUCACAGUUAUUGGGAAGUGCUGCAAACGCACAUAUUAAGGAAAGAUGAAAUACGUCUUUUUUAAAAUAGGAAUAAUAUUGUUGCUGUUGUUGACAAUGAAGCUUA